AUGUCGUCCACACCCCUUCCCCUCCCUCUCACCGUCCUCUCCGUCGCUCGCCUCGGCAUCGGCACGUCCGCCUUCCUCUUCCCCUCCCUAACCACCAACCUCCUCUUCUUCCCUCAACCUACCUCAUCCCCCGGUUCACUAUUCAACGUCAGAGCAUGGGCUAGUCGCGAUGCUCUCCUCGCUGGUCUUCUCUACACCGCGAAAACGCCGGAGGCAGCGAAGAGAGCGGUGAUUGCGGGGGCCGUUGUUGAUGCUUUGGAUAUCGCUGGUGCGGCGUGGGGAUUCGGGAAAGGAGAGCUAGAGGGAUUGGCUGCUGCUGCGUUUUCUGGGGGAGCGAUUGCAUUUUUGGCACUUGCGACUGUGGGGUGGAGGGUUGGUGGAUUAGGGAUGGUGGGGAGGGCUGUUAGGAAAUCGUAA